GGUUCUUAUGGAAUUCUCUUGACAACAAAUCACGACAUACCAUAAUCCAAUUGUUAUUCGAUUUUCAUCACUAUUUUGGACUGACAUUUCAGCGUUUUUCGUAAAUUAUAUAAACAAUUCCCAUGGAAGAUUUGUGGCAAGACCGUGACGUUAGAUUCGACGUUGCACCGCAGUUUGUUCAAAUUUGAGCGAUAUAUAGAUCACAACCAAACUAUACCGCAUAUUUCAGGCAAAUGAAAAUGCGACCAGGAGAAAAGAUAAUUGACCAGCUGGAGUCGAUAGAAGACACGAAAGGAAAUAAUGGCGAUAAAGGCAUAGUUUACUAACAAUUACUUUACAGUAAACUUGAUCCUAUGUUUAAUAAAUAUUUUUUUGUUCAUCAGGACGUCUAAUUGUCACAAAUCUACGAGUUAUCUGGCAUAGCAAAUCUUUGCCAAGAGUAAAUUUAUGUAGUUAUUUUUUCUAUUUUUCAAAAACGCCUUAAAAUAGAUUUUUAAUUAAUUUCCUUUUUUUCCCUCUUUUUCUUUAUAAUUUAGCUAUUGGUUAUAAUUGUAUUAUAAGUAUGUCGUCCAAAACCGCCCAAUCUAAAAUUCGAGGUGCCACUGAAGCUCUCUAUGUUCUUACUAAAUGUAAAAACACUCGCUUCGAAUUCAUAUUCACGAAUCUAGUCCCCGGUUCGUCUCGAUUGUUUACCUCAGUAAUUGCUGUACACAGAGCCUAUGAAACUUCUAAACUUUAUAGAGAUCUAAAAUUACGCGGACCGCUAAUCGACAAUAAAACGUUACGUUUAUUGCCGCAGGAACAGGUGUAUAGCAAAAUAAACGGUGUAUGGAAUUUGUCAUCCGAUCAAGGUAGUCUGGGUACCUUUUAUAUAACGAACGUACGACUAGUUUGGCACGCCAACAUGAACGAAUCUUUUAAUGUUAGCAUUCCGUAUUUACAAAUGAAAUCAGCAAGAAUUCGAGACUCCAAGUUUGGUUUAGCUUUUGUUAUCGAAAGUUCACAGGCAUCGGGUGCAUACGUUCUGGGCUUUAGAAUUGAUCCAAGUGAACGUUUACAUGAAGUUUGUAAAGAGAUACAAUCUUUGCAUAAAGUAUAUGCUGCGUGCCCGAUGUUUGGGGUCCAAUAUGAAUUGGAUACAGGCCCUCAAAGCGUUGAUGAACUAACAGUAGAGCCAGUACAGGACGAUGUGCUAAUAGAAAGCGGCGAGGAUCAAAGUGAUGCAUUUGCUGCAUACUUUGCCGAUGGCAACAAACAAACGGAUAGAGAUCCCGUUUAUUCUGAUGAAUUAGGCCUAGCCAUCGAAAAGUUAGCCGACGGUUUUACAUUACGCCAACUUUGGCAGGUCGUCGAUUGA